AUGACAACAACCGAAGCUACUACCACUCUCCAAAAGUUACCAGUCACCUUGCUCACUGGUGUUUCGGAUGAAAGCAAGUCCUUGAUUUGUAAGAAAGUUGCAGAGAAUAAGGAUGGAAUGAAGAUUGUUCUCUUUGUGAAUGAUUUACAAAAGUUCAAAUUCGAUGCCUCUCAAAUUGAAAAACAAGAAGAAGAUCGUAUUGCUCUCAAGAACGGUAGCUUACUCGUUCAAGCUUCAGAGCUCUAUUUAGAACAAUUGAGUUCGUUUGUGGUCGAUAAGAAAUUCGACAAUUGUCUCUUUGAAGUCGAUAAAUUGGAACCUCUCGUGGCAACCAUUCAAGCAUUUGCUGCCAUCAUUUCGGAAGAGGAAGAACAUGAACAUGAUGAAAAUUGUGAUCAUGAAGAGGAAGAGGAUGGUAUUCGAAUGAAUGACAUGGCUCCAUUGGAUACCAUUGUUGCAGUCGUGGAUGGUGAGACUUUUAUGAAAGAUCUCGAAUCUGAGGAAACCUUUGCGGAUCGAUAUGGAGAAGAUUCCAUUCCACAAGACGCAAGUAAUGAACAAAUUUGUUUCCAAUUGGUGGAACAAAUUGAGGAUGCCAAUAUUGUGAUUAUUCAUAAUCUUGAUAAGGCUGAGGAUAAAAAGACAGUUGAAGCUUUGAUUAGAAAGUUGAAUCCUGUGGCCAAGAUUAUGAUUGGAGAUGUAAAUCCAAAGGAACUUUUCAACACUGGAUUGUACUCAUUGGAGAAUUCUGAAAAUGAUACUCCAGUAUGGAUGAAGCAAUUGGAUGGUACUGUGAAAUCUGAUACCAUUGACGGAAUUUCAAGCUUUGCCUAUAAGAGAAGACGUCCAUUCAAUACUGAAAAGUUGAACAAUCUUGUCUAUGGUUCUGAUUAUUUGAAUAAGGAAACUGGUAUUAUUCGAUCUAAGGGAAUUUUCUGGCUCUGCACUAGAAACAAUGAAACUGGUGACUGGAACCAUGUGAAAAACAUUAUUGAAUUUACUUCAGGUGGUCCAUUCGUUUCUAGUCUCUCAGAAGAAGAACUUGCUGCUUACCCUCCUGAGGCUAUCGAAAAGUUAAAAUCUAAAGUUGAGGGCGAACACGGAGAUCGUCGAACUGAAAUUUUAUUUAUUGGUAAAUCCAUGAAUCAGAAGGAAAUUGAGGAAAAGUUGGACAGUUGUCUCAUUACUCCAGAAGAACUUGCUAAAGGUGUUGAAUAUUAUGGUACCAUGUGUGAAGAUUCCUUGCCUGAAUGGCCAGUCGAUGAUCUUUUGGCAAUGGAAGAGAUGUUUGGUGUUGAAGAUGACGAGGACGAAGAAGGUGACGAAGAGGACGCUGAAGGAGGAAUUGACAUUACCACCACUCCAAAGAGAAAGAGAAACACUGAUGAGAGUGGUAGUUCUAAGAAGACCAAGAAAUAA